AAUGCCAUUUUCUUUCGAUUUUGGAGGCUACUGAUCACGGAUUUGGCUCGAGGCUAUUCUCCACUGAUAAUAAAGUGUAUUGGUCCUAUUCUGCGCCGAUGAUUAAGUCAAUUAAGCACCGAAUUGGGCCAAUAUAUUUUGGGAUGGCAUUUUCGUAAUUAUUUGAGCAAUUUUUUUCAAACGGCCAUUUUCCUUGGAUUUUGAAGGAUAAAGAUGGUGGAUUCGGCCUGAGGCUAUUCUUCAAUGAUGAUUAAGUCCAUCCAGUGCCAAUUUGGGCAAAUUUCUUCCGGGUCCAUUUUUGGCAGACUCCCAAGGGGUACCAUCACAGAUUUCGGGCGAUUUUUCCGAAAUGCCAUUUUCUUUCGAUUUUUGGAGGCUACUGAUCACGGAUUUGGCUCGAGGCUAUUCUCCACUGAUAAUAAAGUCUAUUGGUCCUAUUCUGCGCCGAUGAUUAAGUCAAUUAAGCACCGAAUUGGGCCAAUAUAUUUUGGGAUGACAUUUUUGUAAUUAUUUGAGCAAUUUUUUUCGAAAGGCCAUUUUCCUUGGAUUUUGACAGAUAAAGAUGGUGGAUUCGGCCUGAGACUAUUCUUCAACGACGAUUAAGUCCAUCCAGGGCGGAUUUUCUUCCGGGUCCAUUUUUGGGAGACUCCCAAGGGGUACCAUCACAGAUUUCGGGCGAUUUUUCCGAAAUGCCAUUUUCUUUCGAUUUUGGAGGCUACAAAUCACGGAUUCUGCUCGAGGCUAUUCUCCACCGAUAAUAAAGUCUAUUGGUCCUAUUCUGCGCCGAUGAUUAAGUCAAUUAAGCACCGAAUUGGGCCAAUAUAAUUUGGGAUGGCAUUUUCGUAAUUAUUUGAGCAAUUUUUUUCGAAAUGCCAUUUUCAUUGGAUUUUGAAGGAUAAAGAUGGUGGAUUCGGCCUGAGGCUAUUCUUCAAUGAUGAUUAAGUCCAUCCAGUGCCAAUUUGGGCAAAUUUUUCCGGGUCUAUUUUUGGCAGACUCCCAAGGGGUACCAUCACAGAUUUCGGGCGAUUUUUCCGAAAUGCCAUUUUCCUUCGAUUUUGGAGGCUACUGAUCCCGGAUUUGGCUCGAGGCUAUUCUCCACUGAUAAUAAAGUCUAUUGGUCCUAUUCUGCGCCGAUGAUUAAGUCAAUUAAGCACCGAAUUGGGCCAAUAUAUUUUGGGAUGACAUUUUUGUAAUUAUUUGAGCAAUUUUUUUCGAAAGGUCAUUUUCCUUGGAUUUUGACGGAUAAAGAUGGUGGAUUCGGCUUGAGACUAUUCUUCAAUGACGAUUAAGUCCAUCCAGGGCAGAUUUUCUUCCAAGGGGGACCGUAAUUUCACCAACGGCGUCGUUCUCCGUGGUCUUGGUGUUUGAACUUUGACCCUCUCCCUCCCUUCUCUUUUCCUUUCCUAUAUUAUCCACCGUCGAUCUUAUAAUAUAUCAACCGACACAAAUUGGCACCUGCCUCAUGACACGGAUCGUCACCUCGAGCCGUCGAUUAAUCUAAUCCAACGGUCCAAAAUCCUCACCACAGCCAAUUACCAGGCUUCCUUCCAGAAGAAGACACGCGAUAGCAUUGCGACGCGGAUCGCCAUUCUCACCCGUCGAUCCUCACUCCUAAUCAACGUCCCCGAUCGAUCAUCUUCCAUCCCGCACAAGCUAUAUAAAUACUCUAUCCAUUUGCUCCUUCCCUCACAAAAUCCGCCAGAUCCAAAAUUCGAAACCACAUUUCGAUCGAAAUCUUUCCCGCUUCUGCAUCUUUUCCGAGUUUCAGAUUCCGAUCGAAGCAAAAAAAAAAAAAAAAUGUCUGGCCGCGGCAAGGGAGGCAAGGGUUUGGGGAAGGGAGGAGCCAAGCGUCACCGGAAGGUCCUCCGCGACAACAUCCAGGGCAUCACCAAGCCGGCCAUCCGCCGUCUGGCUCGCCGGGGCGGCGUCAAGCGCAUCAGCGGCCUCAUCUACGAGGAGACCCGCGGCGUACUCAAGAUCUUCUUGGAGAACGUCAUCCGUGACGCCGUCACUUACACGGAGCACGCUCGCCGGAAGACCGUCACCGCCAUGGACGUCGUCUACGCGCUCAAGAGGCAGGGCAGGACCCUGUACGGCUUCGGCGGCUGAUCUAUUAAAGCCUUUCUCUAGUCCUUGUGCUAUCUUCUAUUAGUUCAUAUUCUGAGGAUCCAAAUUGCAGAUUUAGGGUUCGAUCUUUGUCAGUGCUGUUGUAAUAGCAAGCUUUGGCUAAUGAAAGAAGGAUUUCCCUGAAUGCGCAGUUUCUCCGUGGGUUGUAGCCGAUUCAUUAACCGAUUGUAAGAACGAUGCUUUCGGCAAUGGCACAGAGAAGUAAGAAACUCAUUCCUCAAGUGGGAAAUUCUGAUUUCAAUAACUCUACAAAUUCCACCAUUGUACUAUCUUCCUAAGGAAUUGUAUCACAGUCAUACCACAAUCCGCAACGAUAAAUGGAAUUAUGAAUACUGCAAAUCUGUAAGUCAUGAAAACUAAGCCCAUUGCUAACCUCAAGCCCAUCGCCACGAAGAAGUGGAAAUUGUGUCCGCCAUGGCAAGGCAGAGUGAAAUCCUCCGGAAGAAAAGCCCAGGAAAGCA